GUUUACAGGUUGAUAUUUUAGUGUUGUCAUGCGUAACUAAAUCGGUAAUAGCAGAAGUGAUAUUCGAUUCUUAUUAAAAACAAUAUUGUGCGAGCACUGUCGAAGAUAAGUGGGAUGUCGUGAUUGUUUACUAUGUUAAACUGACUUUCAGCUGAGACAUGUUAUUUUGAAAGUCAUGGUCGUGCUGCUGUCUUGGUGUGCAGUAUGAUUAGCGCGGGAAACGAGUAGCGUAAUGUAUUUUCAGCUGUCCAAGGUUAGCUUUCAUCAGCAAAAUAAAUGACAUAAGAGACAAUAAAAACAUGGCUGAUCCUUUUUAUACAGGGGAAUUAUUUAUUGACCAGGGAGUAACAGUGAAGCAAGAGCCAUUGGUAAUGGACAGCACUAGUAGCACAACAGCUAGUGUCCCAAUACCACAUCGUAGAGGCAUGGAUCUUUCAGAUUUUAGAGACUUUGGAUUUGACUUUGUGGAUAUCUCCUCACCAUCUUCUGUAUCUCAAGACAAUACACCAAAUGCUACCAAUAUUGUUAGUGCCACAGAACUGUAUGCAGAUUCUCCAGUGUGGACCACAAAAUUGCCUAGUGAUUGUGAAACCAGUAGAAGUGAUACAUUUCGAAUGGAUGACGAUGAUAUCUUCCAAGUUGAUAAAGCAGAUCUUAUUCAAGGACCUACACUUGCAGAAUUGAAUGCAAAUGAUGAAAACUUGUUGGAUGAUUUGAAUUUUGAUGAUCUGUUAUUGCCAGAAGAAAAUAGCUACUACAUCAAUGUGCCGCCUUUUGCAUCACAGUCAAGGACAUCUGCUGCUCCUCCACUUGUCCAAGUCACAAAUGUGAACUCUAAUUUAGGAAAUAAUAAUGUAGCACAACUUUCCCAGAGCCUUGUUCCAUCGUCAUUUCCACCAGCUGGACUUGGUUUUUACAAGGAUGCAUUCAGUGUAUCGUCAAGUGUGCCAUCCAGCCCAUUGGACGUUUUUUUGAGUGGCAAACCUAGUAAUGGUGUUCAGACAGUUGAUGCUCUUUCACCAGGGAGUCAAAACAGCUCUAGUUCUUCAUUGCUUCUUCAUUCAGCAGCAUCGUCUGUCACCCCUCCACCUCUUGGAGUCAGCCCAUUGCAGCAGAAACACAGUACCCUACACGAACUUUUACUCAAAAAGGAAACAUACUCUUCAGCAUCACCGGAGAGGCAGCUUUUUGUUCAGUCGGUUCCAGGACCACUCAGCCCAACUAACUCUGUAAGUCCUGUCCCAGAAGUGCCAUCAGGUAGUAGAAUAACAAGAAGUGGUAAUACAGGAUAUGGAUCAAGAUUAUCGUCGUCAGCUCCAACUCAUCUUGGACUGGAACAAAUUUGGCAGCGCAGGGAACCUCGGCAGCAUCUUCUUUCUACUGGAUCAUUAGCUGAAGCAGGAUCCACUUCUUCAAUCUCUACAGGUGGUAUUUUAAGCCCCGAGUCUCAUGAAUUUUCUCAUGACGAGGGGUUUGACUCUGAAGAUGACAGCGAUCAUUAUGAGGACUUCUCUUCAGAUGCAGAUUCAAGUGAUGGAGAAGAUGGACCUUCACGAUCUAUGUCAAAGAAAGAACGUUACUUCUGGCAGUAUAAUGUACAAGCAAAAGGACCAAAAGGGCAGCGACUUGUGCUUAAGACAAAGCUGGAAGACCCACAUGUCCUGAAUGAAGUAACAGAUCCUGUAUUUAGUCCUCAGUGCUCAGUUCGAGGCAUUAAGCACAGUGGGAAAGCAAGAAAGGGCGAUGGAAAUGAUCUCACUCCAAAUCCACGUAAACUAUAUAAUAUUGGAAAAGAAUUGGACAAACUGAACCGGAUUAUUAAUGAUAUGACUCCAGUCAGUGAACUGCCCUUCAAUGUGAGGCCCAAAACACGCAAGGAAAAAAAUAAGCUAGCUUCCAGAGCUUGCCGACUUAAGAAGAAAGCUCAACAUGAGGCUAACAAGUUGAAAUUAUUUGGACUGGAAAAUGAGCACAAAAGGUUAAAUAUGGGAAUAUCCCAGGUGAAACAACUUCUGGCAACAAAGUGCACUACCGAAAAUCCCGAAAAACAAGAAGAACUGACUAGACAAAUCGAGAAGAUAAGCAGAACUGUGACAAAAUUCAAGAUUGCUGGUCACACAACAGACUUUGUCAAUAAAGUAUUGGAGAAAAUGAAAAAUGGUGUACCAAAUGGUGGACUGGAUGACCUUCAGAGUAUACAUAUGUAAUGUAUCCAGGUACGUGGAAAUGGAUGACAAUAGUGUUACGAUAAUUAUGAUAAAAAGUGUUAUGAUAAUGCUGGAAAAAGUAAUUUCAAUGCCCAUUUUAUGUACUGCAGCUUUGGCCACUACUGAGUAAUUGUAAAUGUAAUGUAAAAACAGUGGCCAAAGUGCUCUUACAUAUAUAGUGUUACUUAGUAAGU